ACGGUUCGAUCUGAAAUUCAGAGAUCGAGAGAGCAAGUAGUAUAUACACGCACUCACGUGUACAUACAUACAACUGCAGUGUGUGCGUACUGCGUGUCGGCGCGCGCGGAUACGUAACGAAACAUCGCGCGGGGGAGAGCGAGGGCAAGGUAGCGGCAGCUCUGCAGGCUACACAUCAUAAGGAUUGCAUUACGCGCCGACUCUCUCGCGGUAGCCUAAAAUUCGCAUAAGCACGCGCGCGCGGCUUUCCGAAGGUCACACGGCGCGUUUUUUCUCUCGCUCCAAUCCAAUCUCUCUUGAGCGGCGGCUGACGUGCGUACGUGCUAUACUCUCUCGCAGCGGCAGUGACGGCGCGCUCUCUCUCUCUCUCUCUCUCCCUCUCUCUCUCUCCUUCUCGCGCUCUUUGAGUUUGUAGACAAGACAGAAGAGAGAGGGAGGGGAGAAAGAGACAGAAGAGCGUCGUAUAGUGGAACGAGUAUAUUCGAGUGCGAACUUUUCCAAAUCCGGGUGGGGGUCCGAAGUAGUCGACGACGACGACAGCGGCGGCGGCGGCGGCGGCGGCGGCUCACUGCUCUAGAGUUCAGUAGUAUCAGCAGGCAGGCGGCAGCACAGUGAGCAGCUAAUAUCUAUCUCGCAGCCUGCAGCCAACUAUCCGACACCGUCGUCCGCGAGAGGGAGAGAGUAUUAGCGCUGCGCUCGGUUCUGGCAGGUUUCUGGCCAAAUCGGGUCAACGGGAUGUGUCGGCUGGGCUCCCAGGGGAGCCAGUCCAGCGGAUCUCUCAAAAUACGAGUGGGAUUUCGAAAUCGCACAUAGGCCGCAGCAGUAGCAGCAGUAGCAGCAGCAGCAGCAGCAGCAGCAACAGCAGCAGCGCUCGAUUCGGCAGCGGCUCGUCGUCGCGCGUGUACACUACUUACACACCACUCUAGUGCUGGGCCCUCGCUUUAAUCUCUCGUCUCGUUUCGUUUCCUCCGUCUCCGUGCAGCAGCAGUCUGCGCGCGGCCCUGCCUGCCCGAGUGCCCGACUCUCGUACUUAUUAGUCGCUCCGAUCGCAUCGCAGUUUACUCGAGAGCGGCCUGCAGCAGCCCGCCCGUUGUAAAUAAUACGCACAAUAAUAAGUAAUCGGCCCUGGCUCCUCGGCUCAUCGACGACUAGACUAUAUACUGCUCUAUGUCAGUGUGUGUGUGCGCGAGCGCGCGAUCCACGAGAGAGUGUGAUGAAACCGUCUGCUAGGAAGGAAAAUUGGAACAGCUGUUACUGAAAAAUGUGAGAGAAGCCCCCGACUCUGACUCUUGAAGCGGGAGCCGUCCAGCUUUUUCCUCUCCUCUUCGGCCAGGCAUAAGCUCGAGGAAGCUCCGCGCGAGAGCCCAUGAAGUCCAUCUCGGGGGGACACGAUUCUCACAUGAACUCCGUGGCCUGUGAUAUGGCUGAGAAGCUCGGUCUCGGACCUGGAGUUCGAGAGCUCAAACUCGGACCCACCUUCACCAACGGCGACAAGUCCACGGCUUUUCACACCAUGAAAUAUGAUUUUAAGCCAGCCAGUGUGGAUGUCAACAAAAUGGCAACAGUCGACGUUGGAACCAACAACACAAUGACAGUGACAGUACCGCACCUCGAUGGAGCUGGAACUCCACACACAGUAUUCAAGGGCUCUCAGCGACCAUAUCACAAGGAGUGCGUUCUCAUUAUCGACCGGAAUACUGGAGAGAUUACCCUUGAGAGGCUGUCUUGUAAUAUACAGGUUAAAAAGACCAGGUCUGAAACCAAAUCCCAGCCCCUUUUAUCGGUUCCCAAUAAUGUUUCCACCAUCAGACCCAUCACUCCUAUUGAAACGAGAAGAAGUCCAACGGAUGGAAGAACAAAGAGUAGAACUAAAGUUGCGAGUGGGAAGAAAAGGGAGCCGAGUCAUCAGUUACGUCCUAAGAAUAGCCCUUCACGUGCCUCUUACCAUGGAAAAAGCCCUCCAACUACGAAUUUAUCUACUAGCGUUAGUUCUUCAGCCAUGCCUUCCUCGACACAAUCAACACUAGCGAGCCUUCCCAUGAUUGGUGAACACGAUGAUUUCACUCAAUCACCGCCUGCACCUUCUUCUGCAUCUGUGUCUACGUCACAUUCGACAGCCCCUCCAAGAACUAUAUCCCCAGUAGUGAAUGAAAAGCCUUUUGUUAAAACCCCUGUUCUAGAUAACGAAGUAGGCAUUUUAAGUGAUUCCAGUUCUAGUGAUUCAAGUUCUGAUAGUUCUGAUAGUGAUUCGGAACCGGAGAAGACAACGCAACCUACAAAAGUCAACGGACACGCGGCGAACGGUACGACGAUAUCACCAUCAUUUUCUAUGCCAGAUAACUUAUUGAAUGAAGAUUUGCAACUGUCAGAAUCGGAAUCGGAUAGUGAUUAAUGAAUUGAUACACAUUCCGAAAGACUUGUAAAAAGGAUACCGAAUUUUAGUUUAAAUUUAAACAAUAUUCUCAUUUUUUCUGUAAAGUACCGUAAUUUCUUUACAAGCAUCUUUCAAAAUGGAGUAUCUUUGUUUUUUUUUGCGCAAACAUUUCAAAGCGAAAAACAUCGCUUGUGAUGUUAUUCUUCUAUAGUACUCGUAUAGUGAUAUUUCAUUUUGUUUUGUCUUGAUCACUCUGUGUUGUCGAGACAACGUGAUGUGAGCCAUAACGCUUUCUUUUAUAAUCUUAUGAAAAUAUGCAUGAAUUGAGCUGUUUGAUUAUAAAGGAAAAAAAUGGAAAUAUGAAAAGAACAUAUGAGAUCUUUUCAAACUGCACGAUAUGUACUUUAGAUUUUAUCGCAGUAAAGAUUGAACGACAGCCAGUCCUUCUUCCUUGUUAAUAAGGGUGUCGUGAUAAAGAAACAAAUGGCGAACACGCCAGAAAGUGUAUAGGGUACUAGGGCUUUUAUAACGAUUUAUUGUUAUUUUAAACUCAAUAUGCUACGUUCUUGUGUGGGCUGAACCUUUGAAACAAUAAAAAAAAAGGUCUUGCCAAUUUAUCAUGUUCAUAUUUUGUUUGCUGGGUACUUGUUUAAAAUAGUUUAACCCAAAAAAAUCUGAAAAAAGUAUUUUUAUACAAUUUAUUUUCUAAAAAAAAAUAGAAGUAACAUGAGACUUAAAUAAACAUAAGGAAAAAGUUUCUUCAAUAAUUUAUAUUAAGUAGGAAGUGGUUUAUUAAAUUUGUCAUUACUUUUUGUGCCUUUACGUCAAUCUUUACAACUAAUUUUAAUGUAAAGUUUUGUAAAUAGUAUAAUGAUUAUUAUGAGUAUAAUGAAAUUUACAACCUUGCAAUAAAAUUUGUUCCAUUAUAAACCUAUGUAUAUAUAUAUAAAACUCUUUAGUAAACUAUUUCUUUUACUGAAGUUGUUAAUAAAUUUAUAAGUUAAUUAAU